AUGGUUCAGAAGAUGCCUGGGUCAGUUGUCCAAAUAGAAACACGACCGCUGUUCAACGGGAAUGAGGAGGCGCAAGGGGUAAAAAUACUUCAUCGCGUAUUCUGGAGUUUCAAUCCAUGUAUUCGGGCAUUUAGGCAUUGUAAGCCCCUAGUUCAGGUUGAUGGCACACACCUAUAUGGCAAGUACAAAGGUACACUUCUGGUCGCUGUUGCACAAGACGGGAACCAGAACAUUGUGCCUAUCGCUUUUGCCUUGGUGGAAGGGGAGACAGCCGAUGCGUGGCACUUAUUUCUUAGGAAUCUGCGAAUGCAUGUUGUAAGAAAAGAUGGUGUGGGAAUGAUCUCAGACCGGCAUGAGUCAAUUCGGGCAGCAGUGAAUCGUCCCGGAGGUGACUGGCAACCUCCAAGAGCAUGGUGGAUGUUUUGUAUAAGGCACAUCGGCAGCAACUUCCUACGAGCAUUCAAAGUCCCUCACUUGCAAAAGCUUGUGGUCAACAUCAGGUAUUCAAGAACGGUGGAGGAGUAUAACAUCAACUAUAAAAGGUUGGAAGAGCGAGGCGAGGCAUAUGCCAGGUGGUGCGACGACAUCGGACUUAGACAUUGGGUAUUGGCGUUCGACGAGGGACAUCGAUGGGGCCAUAUGACGACGAACCUUGUCGAGUGCAUUAACUCAGUGUUAAAGGGUGCCCGUAAUCUACCUGUGUUGGCACUAGUCCGAGCAACAUAUUAUCGGCUAAAUGAACUUUUUACGCGGAAGACUGCCGAGAGUCACGAACGCAAGCGUGCUGGAUUUACCUAUUCCGCAUUUGCACAACAGCGGAUUGAGGCAAAUAUGCAUCAGGCUGGGAAUAUAGUUGUGCACCGUUUUGACAGACGGAAUGAGGUAUUUGAGGUGCGCGAAAUGACUAGCGGAAAGGUGUUAGUCGUUGAUCUUGCGCGACGGAGGUGUGACUGUGGGCACUUUCAGGUGGAAAGAAUACCAUGUCGCCAUGUUAUUGCUUGCUGUGCUAACCAGCGUCUCGAUUGGCAGCUGUAUGUGCAUGAUGUGUACAAGAUGACAGAGAUCCGUAAGGUAUAUAGAUUCGAGUUCACACCGUUAGGUGAUUCCGAGACAUGGCCUGAUUAUGAGGGACCCACAUUGGUCGCUAAUCCUGCCCUGAGGCGAACGUCGAAGGGUCGCCCGAAAUUGACCAGAUACUUGAACGAAAUGGACUCACGCGACAUGCGUGGUCCUCGGAUAUGUCGUCUCUGUGGUGCUCAGGGUCAUAGUCGGAGUCGAUGCCCUCAGCGUGCUGGACCGAGUGGUGCAGGAGUUUAG